CGGAGCCGAGCGCUCAGACAUUGACUUUACAGCUGUGAACAGCGUAUGUCAUAUUAAACACACCGUAUACCAUACUGCAGUGUAAGCCAUAAUACAGAUCACUUUUAUAAUGUUGGAGGAAUUGAAUAUUCGCGUGGUCACAUGGAAUAUAAAUGCACUCCGUACUGUGCCACCUCUUGACGAUUUGCUCAGGACCGACAAAGGUCCUCGGCCAGAUGUGCUUGCUUUCGGUCUCCAGGAGUUAUCGAGUGAUCUGAUAGAAGCCAGCUACUUCGAUGAUGCGACGGGCGUGCUACGCCAAGACUGGGCCAGAAAAAUACAGUUACAUUUGGGUGAUGGAUAUAUGCGAGCAGUUGUGAAUCGCUGCGGCUGGGCGGGCCUCAUAGUAUUCCUGCGCAAAGAAAUAAGGCCCCUGAUUAGACGGGCAAAUACCCAGCAAGUGACCCUUGGCUUCAACAAUCUACUGGGAAACAAGAGUGGCAUCGCCACGAGAUUCGAGUUGGUCAACGGCCAAUCUUUCACACUGGUAACAGCCCACUUUGCAGCCCACCAGGACAAAACGUACAAACGCAAUGAUGACUACAGGCGCUGCUGUCACUACCUGACGUUUGGGUCUUCGGGCAAGCGAGAGAGUGUGUACUCGCAAUCCCAUGUGAUAUGGUUUGGUGAUCUCAACUACCGCCUGGAGUGUACGUAUUCAAUGGUGAAGCGGUGUUUGACUGAGACAGAGAUCGCCUCGCAAAAGUCGCUGAACAAACUAUUGGCAACGGACCAACUCAACGACGUCAGGAUACGCAGCCUGGCCUUUGGCGGUUUCUCUGAGGCGGAGAUCUCCUUCACCCCCACAUACAAGUUCAUACCAGGCUCAGAUACCUAUGUGGGUGAUCGCAUCCCCGCCUGGACGGACCGGGUGCUGUACAAGGGCAGGAAUAUCCGACAAUUGUCGUAUGUACGACAUGCAAGGUACCGGCAGAGCGACCACAAGCCCGUGAGUGCCAACUUUGUCUUCGCAUUACACGCAGAUGUGCACCUAAACACUAGAAGUGUACCGGAAAUGCCCGGUUUAACACGCGUGUCAACCGCGCCGAAUGCUGCGGGUGUGGGUGCGGGUAGGCGACGGUAUACCGACGGAACGAAUACCGGGAGGAAUAGCGGGAUGAUGGAUGCUGUACCUACCGGAGACCUGCUGCACAUAUAUGGAGGCGAGGAACCAGAGCGAUGUCAUUCGUACCCGGAUACAUGUGCUGAUAAUGCUGACAACAGCUUAACGGUGGAUGGUAUCGGACAGUUAGAGGGUAGAUCGCGACCCCCGUCCAUCAGAAACAGUCAGACGCCCCCACCCAGGCCACCGCCGCCGUACCAUGCACCGGAAAGGACUAGUAACGAAGGGAAUAGAUCGGACGCCCCGUCAAAUACAGGUGGCUCUAAUGACGAUGCAAGAAAACAAGAAUAUUAUCGAGUGAUAGCAGAUAGUGCUUCGCCUACGCAUGGGCCGUACAGCAGUCUCCACAGCCUCGAUGAGAGACCGGGGAGCAGUAGAUCUGGCAGCGGCAAUGGACAUUUAGCGAGCGGUGAAUAUAGUGAUGACAAAAUAACGCCACGUCAUGGGAAAAGUGGUGACGAAAUAAUCACGCAUGGUGUAGCUGGGUUAAAUAUGGGCACGGUGGCUGUGACCAAUAAAGGGGACCUGAUUGUAUUAGAUCGCGAAAGGUCGCCGGAGGCCCUGCAGCAGUUCGAUCCCUUAUAUGGUAAUUCCAAGCCUAAUACUGAAAAAUAGCUUCCUCGUGAUAAAUCAAUUGGAUCGAGGUCUCCUCGGCUUUCGCAAUGCAGCCAUUGCGGUCUAGGACUGCACGACUUCGUAACAGUACUUGCUGUAACGUGACAUGCACGAGCGUGUGGUAACUGCA